GUAAACACAGAACACUAAACAUUUUGUUUGUUGCGCAACACUGAUGGUACACAAAAUCAAUUUUAUAAUUCAUUGUCAUUUAUUAAAAUUAUUCAUUUAAAUUAAGGUCUAAAAUUAGAAAUUUAAUGUAGAAAUGGCUGCUGAUACGUUUAUGGAUAAAAUUAAGUCCUUUUUUGGACUGAGAGUUGAGCCUCCGAAAAAUGACUUCAGGAACCCAAUCUGGGGUUCUGAUGACGACGACGAUGGCGACGAACUCUAUUCGAGACACCAAAAUAUGGAUAUUUACAGAGAUCCAUUGGACUUACACCAAGAAUUCACAAGGCACAUGCAAGAUAUGUUUCGAUCAUUUGGUAGUAUGUUCGGCGACAUGAGAUCGUUUUUCAGUGAUGAUCACUUCCAUUCCUUCCCAUCUGUUACCGAGAUACCAGAAAAUCAUCCAGAAGGUGAGACGGAGAAUUUUGAUAGCAAUCGCAUCAGAGAUUAUUACUUGAAGCCUGGCUACCAUCACAGACUUGACCAGCCCAACCAGGACAUGGAUCUCGAUGGCAAAAUAUCUUCCAAUGAUAUUUCUGACUUAUUUAGACAGAAACAUGAUGGACAUAUCAUACCUUCAUCACCCUUUAACGGUAAUAUGGUGCCAGGUAGGUCAUUUUGUCAAACUAUUAUAACAACAAGCAUUACUAAGCCCGACGGUACAGUGGAAACAAAGAGAAUAGUCAAAAAUGGCAAUGAGGUUAUUGAGGAAACUAUAACAUCAACAGAACCUACUCAAAGAAGUCCUAACCCAAGUCUUGAUCCCAUUGCAACUACUCAGAUUAUGCUGUCACAACUGUCAUCACUUUUGAGGAACUUUUAUUAGAAAGAUUAUAGAUAAGACUGUAAACCUUCAUGAAAAUCAUAGUAUUAUAUUUGAUAGACAGCUUUGUUUGAAAUUAUUUAACUUUAAGAUUACUUUUAAUAUUUGUCUUUAAUAUGUAUAGCCAGAUCAUUAUUUUAAUAUAUCUUAAACUUGCUCAAAAUCAAUCAUCAUUCUGGAAACUUCUGUGAUUAGGUAGCUAUAGCUCGUAUGAAUAGACAACAUCUUAAAUUAAGCAAAUACCAGAUGUAUGUUAAUUUCGAAGCAUAUCUGCUUUAAUUACCAUUUAUGUUGUGAUUAUUUUUAAUUCUGGUUAAUAAAGCAUUGUAAAACACA